AUGAAUUCAUCAAGCUGUGAGUCUGGUGAAACAUCUGCUCCUGAGUCUAUAUAUGAAUUCACAGCAGCUAGUAAAGAAACCUCAAGCCCUCAGUCUCAAAAGUCUACUUCUAACACAAUGUCUUUGAUGAAAGAACAUCUCAAUGUCAUGAAGGAGCUGACUACUCUAUACAUCAUUAAUAAUUAUUUAGCAUUUCAAAGUAGAUUUCACUACUUAGUUGCACAUCAUAAGAAACUGACAAAUGACUCAGAGAACUUCUAUCAUAAUCUUUUCCUUAUUGAUUUGAAAAAACAUCAAAAGUCUUUUGUCAAUACACAUUUGAAUGAUUUCUACACAACUAGCCAGAACCUUAUUAAGAAUAUUAAUAUUGAUGAUCUCAUGAAGCAGUUAAUGAAUUGUAUAAGCAAGUUCAAUGAAUGUCUCAAAUCUUCAUAA